AUGAGAACCAGAAGCUGGUCAAUUUCUUCCCUUCUAUCACGACCCAAGCCCCCGCCCCCGGAAGAACAGGGGCACCGCCUCACGCGGCAGCUGUCCUGGCAAGGGGACAAACGGUCCAGCCAGAGCAGGAGCUCGCGUUCGUCAUCGAGCCAGCACAAGCAAGAGCUGGACAGGGAUUUCGCGCAAGGGCCCAUCUCUCAGUACGUGGGCAACCCAAAGCUCGCCCCGUUCCAGCAUACCAGUGAUAAGACACCGCGGCGCCCAGCGGUUGAGGAGAAGCGUAUACCGACUCAAGGCCACAUCUCCCAGUACGUGGGUAAUGCCAAGCUCGCUCCGGUCCAGCACUCCAGCAAUGAGACGACGCGGCGCCCCUCAACGGAGAAGAGACGUACCUCGGCUCAGGUGCCCAUCUCACAGUACGCGAGCAGCAGCAAGCUCGCGCCACUCCUCAGAGCUGAACACACGGCGUGGCGCCCUGCAGCGGAGGACAUACGACGUUCCUCAGCUCAAGAGACCAUGUCCCAGUACUCGCAGUACUCGGUGAAUUCCGGCUUUGCUACAGGCCGGCCCCCCAGAGAUGACGACGCUGAGCGGCGCACCCCCGCGGGGAGGAUCAGAUCGAACACGGUCGACAGCGGGCGCGCCAACACAGCUGACUACUCCGCGUCGACUUCGAAGCUGACUGGAGCUGCACGGCCGACAAUAGUGCAUCCUCAUCGGCCCAAUAACUCUCGUUUCGACUCCCGCGCAGGUCCGCAGGUUCACUCGUCGCCCGAGUGGGUCAAUGUUAUUUGGAUGGGUCGGAAGGCCUCCGCCCAGCAGGAUGGCCGCCCAAGCGAAAUCGAGUCUGCGACCGCACGUGGAAGAGGGGAAAGUGGUAAGCUCUUGCCGCCUGAGAAAGACAGGCCACCACGCAUCCCGGAGAAGGACAAGCUUGUCCCAUCGGCGAAGAGUGGACCGCCGCUACCCGAGAAGGACAAGCCACCACACAAGGCUUCCGUCCCCGGGACUGGCGCCGUACAUAGUGGCGACACCAACGCGCGUCAGCAUCUGCGCAGCAGCUCGGAGACACGCGGGACCGGGACUCACCACUCUGCUAGUGGCCAUGUACACGCGCGCACUGGCUCGAACGAUGUUUCCAGAGCCGCCAAUGUUGCCUCCCGCUCGUACGGAGACGUGCGCGUUGCGGCUCGGAGUGUCACUCGCGACGUGCACGCCUCCUCGCGCAGCCACGAGCACUUGCGCACCAGUCCGGAGGUUGUUACCGGCACAUCCUCGCGCCAAUACAGCCACACAGGACGUCCACCCGCUGGUUACGGCACCGUCCCCGUGCCACACACAUCCUCCAAGCCCCACGGGUACGGACAUGUGCGAUAUGGCUCUGAGACAACAGCCACCAACGUCGCCGGCUCUUCUCGCCAGCAGGGCCACGGGCGCAGCAGCUCGGACGACAUUGUUGAGCAGCGUCGGAAGGCCAGCAUAGAGCAGGCGCGUGAGGCCCACCGUUCUCGCCAGAGGUGGUGUCCGCCGGCGUCCUCUGUGGUCUACCAGGCUCGCUACACCCGUGAUGGCCACCACAAGUCUGUUCCCGCGGGUAGCACGCAGCAGGCGUCGGAGGCUGAUCGCCCUCGCCACAGCCACGAUCCCUCGGCAUCCACUGCAGCCCACUAUGAUCGCUCCCACCUGUUCGGCCUCCCAUCUAGCAAUGACGUCCUCAGUGUAGGUGUGCGCCGUUCGUCGGCUAAGCAAGUUGCGCGAGAACAGACUUACGCGGCUGGCGACCAGGUCGUCCCGAUGGCGCGCCCCCACGCCAUCUAUACCCCGUUCAAGCCGGCUUCGUCGUCCAAUCCGGACUCGGGAAAAGCCAGCACUUCCUCAGUAGAUGCCGCUAUCCCAACAGCUACCGUCCGCCGCCAGCCUCGGGCUGCUCCUCGCCAAGUAGCCGCCACCGACUCGCUCGACGGUCCCUUGGCGGAGGUUAUGGAGAUGUAUGAUCCCCGUCGACGCUCGAGCGGGCAAAUCCAUGCUGCUGGCCCAUCUCGCCAGGGGGAUUCCUCCAUCGGUGCCAACGUCGCAGAUGUUUCGGGCACGUCCUCGAGCCGCCAGAACUCUGGCAGCGACUACUCAGAAGAGGUCGUCAUUGCUCCCUCUGUAUACCUUCCGAGUACGCAGAUUACACACCCUCAGGUAAUCCCCCUCAAUGUUGCAAAGUCUCAGCGCAACCGCAACCCAAUGUCCAGAGAAGGUGCGAUGACGGGUUUCGGCCCUCAACUGGUGGGCGGAGGCGGCGCGAAGACGGUCGUAGUCGACGAUGCGGAGACUGUCGAGUCUUUCGAAGGGGAGGUUGUGGACAUCGAGGAGCCUGUGGAAGUUGACAUGCUCAAGGAGAGCGAGCGGAUGAACCGCCACGAGCAGGUGCGACAACUGGCUCGCGAUCAUCGAACGAAUGCGAAGCAUCAUCGUGACAGACGAUCCUACAAGUAG